AUGAUUUCCAUUCAUGAAUUCAUCGUGCAUAAAUUAUCUCGGCACGAGCAGACAAGUGGGGUGAAGCGUUUCACCUAUAAUGGUCCUAACUCAUCUAAAGACAACUCACCAGGACCUACUGAUGAUUGGUUUAAUGGCUUACCAACUAAAUCCAGAUCUGACCAAUCACUUCAUGGAAGCAACCCUGAGCUUGAUGACGUAUGGAGCAUCCGCAAGAAUGUCUCUGCAAGUCUAAAACUUCCAGCCAAGCAGGCCACAAUAUCUACUAAUAACCCCUCAACGACUGGCCACUACUCACGCCAUGGCCAGUAUAAUAAAUCCUCCAAACUCAAUGAAGACACAUCUGAGUUCGCUGGCUCGGAUAGAUCAGGGUUUGGAAAAUCUGGAGGAUACUCGUACGGUCAAUCCAGGUCCAGUUAUUCCUAUGCAGGUGCAGCAGAUGCAGGGCCAGUUCAGAGUUCCAGUCCCAGGUUUACAGGAGGACCAAGUACCACAACUCAAGGGUCGGGUAGAUCAGGGGGAAUAGGUUGGUAUCUCAAUGGGCUUUUAAAGGGAAGUUCACCCUGACCAAAAGAUUAUUGUAAAAAUAGCAGAAAAAAUAAUGAAAAAUAUUGGUGAAGGUUUGAGGUAAAUCUACCAAAGAUAAAAAAAAAAUAAUUUAUUAUUUUUUUUAUCCGUGAUGUUUUAUGCCACCAGCUUCAUCAUAUUGUGUAGUAAAAACUCAAUGAAAUAUCAUUUUCUCAAAAAAUUGAAAAUGGGGUUUAUUGUACAUUCAGUUGUAUAUCUACAGACAAAUCAUUUCACACCCGCUCCUGAAAGAAAACAAAUGUGAGUCAUCAUGAACCAUUAAAAAAUUCAAAUUGAUGCAGUUUAUAUUAGGCUACAUAACCUAUGGGGCAGCUGCUCGUACACGUGUAUGACGACACAAAUGAAAAACUUCAAAAAUCUAAUAACUUUCUUAAUCUUUGAUUAAAUUUCCCAAACCAAAUGCCAAUAUUUCUUCUUUUUUUUCUGGUAUUUUUUUACAAUUUUUGUGUCAGGAUGACCAUUGGAUAAGGGGCCACUUGGUUUUUAUACAAUGGCUUGAAUCAAGAGCAGUUGCAUAUUACAAGAAAUCUACAUUUUUGGCCAUACAACAUAUUACACAUUUUGACUAUGUUCUAUUAAUAUUCUAUUUUUGUCUCAUCUGCAAAGCAGAGUGAGACUAUAGGCGCCACUUUUCUGACGGCGGCGGUGUCAACACCAAAUCUUAACCGAAGAUUAAGUUUUUGAAAUGACAGCAUAACUUAUAUGGACCUAGUUCUUGAAACUUGGCCAUAACGUUAAUCAAGUAUUACUGAACAUCCUGCCUGAGUUUCAAGUCACAUGACCAAGGUCAAAGGUCAUUUAGGGUCACUGAACUUUGGCCAAGUUGGGGGUAUCUGUUGAAUUACAUGUACCAUCAUAACUUUGAAAGUUUAUAGAUUUGAUUCAUGAAGCUUGGACAUCAAAGUAAUCUAGUAUCACUAAACAUCCUGUGCGAGUUUCAGGUCACAAAAUCAAGGUCAAAGGUCAUUUAAGGUCAACAAACUUUGGCCAAAUUGGGGUAUUUGUUGAAUUACCAUCAUAACUUUAAAAGUUGAUUGGUCUAGUACAUAAAUCUGCUAUAUUGAAUCGCGCGAUGCAGGUGAGACUGCCAGAGGCACUCCACUUGUUUAUUAAAUAGAUUAAAUUGAUUGAUUGAAAUGGUGUAUUGAAGGAAAAAAUUACAAAAAGCAGCUUAAUUACAAAAGGUUUAUAGAUAUACAAUUAUAUUAUAUUAAAAAACUUAAACCAAAGAAAGCACCUGGUUGUGAUGCGAUUCUAAAUGAAAUGUUAAAAGCAGGUAUAUACAAUUUUUCACCAGUGUUAGCAAAAAUUUUGAACUUGAUCCUCGUCAGUGGAAACUUUCCUCAAAAAUGGUCAGAAAGUUAUUUUAUACCAUUGUACAAAACAGGGUCUAAAACCAACCCUGCAAACUAUCGAGGAAUAUCCCUUUCAAGGUCCAUUGGAAAAUUAUUUUGUAGUAUUCUAAAUAAACGCCUUGUGAAAUAUCUCAUGGAUAAUAAUAUUUAUGUUAAUAAUCAAAUAGGUUUCAAGGAAGGCCAUCGAACGUCAGAUCACAUAUUUACAUUAAAGACCAUCUUAGACAAAUACGUGAGAACGCAUAAGAUGGAUGACAAGUGUAAUAUAUAUUUGUGUUUUGUCGACCUGCGAAAAGCAUUCAACAUUAUAUGGAGGAAUGGUCUGUUUUAUAAAAUGCUGAAAUAUGGUAUAGGAGGCAAUUUUUAUGAGAUUGUAACUAAUAUGUAUAAAAAACUAAAGUUGAGUGUAAAGCUGAAUGAAGGGAUAACCAAGAGUUUUGGAAGCAAUUGUGGUGUAAAACAAGGGUGUACAUUAAGUCCCACCCUUUUCAACCUCUAUCUAAAUGAUUUACUUCAAUAACUGCAUACAUCUACUUGAUUUAUGCUAGUUUAGCCCUUGAACAAGCCAUACCCGAAUAGUACUCCCAAAGAUUUUUGUGCGAUAGCGCCAUCUCCCGUUAGUGCUUACUACCCAUAGAACAUCGCGCAAUGUGCGACCAUCUUCCUCUUUGCUUUUCGCAAGCCUACGAGUAGGAUGUUUCAGCUAAGUGCUCUUGAAAAUUGCUCAAAAUUUUUGUAUUUUGUUCAUUUUCCUCACUUAUCUUUUAAGCAUAUAUCUCCCUUUUGCAAUCUUUUUACUAUAUUGUGUGUGAUAAUCUGUUACCCAGCGCGGCUUUGGUGUGUUUUUGUUGCACUGUUUAUCCGAUCUUCUCGUCUGUGCAUUUAUACGUUGACACACGUCUCUCGGUAGGCGGGCAUCCCCCCCCCCUACUGUCAGGGUCGCGCUGUUUGCGUGAUUGCGCGAGACGCCGGUGUAAUACAUGGCAAACCCCACUCUCUGCCACGGUUGUUUCCUUCCUUUCUACAGGUUAGGGGAGCAGACGUCGUCUCUUCUAUUAUAUCUAUUCUUUCUUUUAGGUUACACAGUUUGCCUGUUAGCUGUAGGUGACCUUCUACAGUUUUUUUUUCUUCACCUUUUUCUUAAUUUUCUUGAUCUCUUUUGAUCUUUAAAAUUUUGAAGUGCUUCUUGUCGGAACGUUGGUCUCGACUUUUUCCUUUCUGCUUGCUUUUAAAUCAGAUUGUUGUUGUUGCACUUUUUGGGAUUGAUUAAUUUAGAGAAUCAUUUAUUUGUUUGAUCGAUUAAUCAAUUCCUAUUUUUCUUCCUGUUUUGAAAAUUUCUUAUUCCAAAUUUUUUUCUUCAGGCGGAGUCUUCAAUUCUUUUCUUUCUUGAAGGAAUUUUAUUGUUGCUCUUCUGGGAUUGAUUAAUUAAGAGAAUCAUUUAAUAUUGAUUAAUUAAUUAAUCAAUUCCUAUAUCCUUCCCUUCCUGCUCUGAAAUUUUUUUAUUCACAGGUGGGGCCUUCAAUUAUUUUCCUUUUGCUUUUAUUCACUCUGGUUGAAUUCUUGCUUCUUCAAUCACUUGUUGAUUGUUUUCUGGUUGAUAAAAAUCGUUUAAUCACCUCUUUGUUUUGAUUGUUUUUAAUUGAUCGUUGAUU